AUGUGUGUUGUCGUUCCUCCAGGACCGGGUCUCAGACGGCCACCAUCAUUCGACAAACUUCCUCCUGGUGCGACGUUGUGGAUCGCACUCAAUCGUGAUGGCACGGCCAAGGACAUCAAAGUGAUUCCCAAGAAGCCAGAAUACGACAAUUUAAGAGAGCUCGACUCUUUCGGAGCAUCCAAGGAAGAAAUUUUCUACUUCGAAAGCUGGGUACUUACCUACAAACUUUUGGGUCUCUCAGCAUUGGCGCAGACAAUGGAGAAAGAUGUCAAGGACUUCGACAAGCAUGAGAUCUGGCAGACAAAGAUAACGGCACUCAACAAAUCUAUAAGGGAUGUCUCUGAGGAAGCCGCAGAAUUGUACGAUUUGAUUGGCAAUGAUUUACAUUCUGACGACUCGGCCGAGGCCACAACAACGGAAAGCAAAGUAUCUCUGAGUGAUGAAGCCAGUCAAUAG